AUUUAUUAGAAUUGCUUGUCAAAAAUUGACAGAUGACAACAGUAGUUUGGCUAAUGUCGAAUAACAUGUAUAUGAAAUAAUGUAUGGAUUGAUAUAGAUGAAACGUGAAGUAAAUUAGUUGACAUGAUAGAAGUAACAGCUUGUUUGCCAAGAGGAUCUGUAUACCUAGCGGGGGAAACUGUCAAAAGUCAGAUAACUUUCAGUAACAACUCACAAAAUCCAAGUGAUACUGAUAGUCUAGCCUGGUCUAGCGUACAGAUAAUAUGUCAGUGUUCUGUCAGCGAAUCAAGGGUACAUCUUCCUAAGUCACAACAACUGUCAACAGAAGAAGUGUCUACUACGGGAUGUGAUACAUCAUUUGUACCUAAUAAAGGUGAACGUGGACUUACAGUUUUAUCAACAAAGCCUAGGAUAUUGUUCUGUGAUCUAAAGCUUGCUGCUGGAGAAUCAAAGUCAUUUGUAUAUGAAGAUGUGAUACCUGUAGACUCUCCACCUUCCUAUAAAGGCCAGGCUGUGAAGUAUUCUUACAAAGUAACAAUUGGUGCACAGAAAUUUAACCAGCCAACAAAACUUAUCAGAAUGCCAUUUAGAGUUAUGGUAUUACACGGUUUAAAUGAUAUAAGUGUGUACACAGAGGGAGAAGAAGUAUCACCUUCAAAUCCAUUCCUUAAACCUCAACAGUCCGAGAACUCUCUAUUAGAUAUUGCCAUGCAGGUUUUGUCAACAGUCACAGCAAGAAAGGCCCCACAUUCAUACAAUAUUACAAAUGCCAAAGGAAAAGUAGCCAAGUUUAUUCUAUUUAAACAGGCCUAUAAAUUAGGUGAAGAUAUUGUAGGUGUGUUCAACUUCACGGAUGGAACAGUACCAUGUGUCCAGUUUUCUGUAACAUUACAAAGUGAGGAGCAAAUCUCGGAAGAAUGUAGAAAGAAACCUGGUCAAGGAACAUCUGUGACAUCUUAUGUCAAACAUCAGGAAAUGUGCCUUCAUACAGCUAAAACUCAUGUUAAUAUACCAAUACCACUCACAGCUACACCGUGCUUCAUUACAGAUAUAGUUUGUUUGAGAUGGAGACUACAUUUUGAGUUUGUGACUUCAAGUGACCCAAUUCCUGAAUCAGAAAGACCUACAAAUAUGGAUGAUUCAGCAAGCUGGAGAGGACCUGCUACUAUUAAUGUAGAAACAAUGGUGUGGGACUUGCCAAUUAAAAUUUAUCCCACAAGUCCAAUACAUGCAUCAUGUGUAACAAUGUUAAAAUCUGGUUCAUGUGUACAAAUAUAAUUUAUAUAUGUAUAAAUUAUGUUACAUUUUCAAAAGAUUCAUUUAGUAGAAAAUAUUUCAAUACAAGCAUUUUGCCAUAAUGUAUUCAGUGAAAAAAGAAAUAUGAUUAUAUGUACAGUAUGAUAUAAAAAGAACAAUAUUUGUCUUUGCAAGAAAUUAUAAUAUAUAUGUACAGUCAAAUACAUAUCAGUACAUCUUUCAUUUGUAUUGUUACAUCUAGGGAAAGGGGACAUGAGUUGGAUGGACAUAUGUAUAAACAUGAUGAACUUUACUGUCAUGCAAUACGAAAUUUUAGAUGUAUGUGGAUGUUAUGUGUUUGAACACUUAAUACACAUGUGCUUUUUAAGACAGAAGUUGUAUUUAACUAUUAAAGGUUGUUUGCUACACAUUUUCAACUCAAAAUGGUUUUUUUACUAGGCAAUACAUUAAUAUUUAAAAACAGCAGCCCCUAUAUUUCCCCAAUAUUCAUUUUAAAACAGACAUCUCAAAUGCAUUGACAAGAUAUUCUCAAAGGAGUACCUAUUCUUGGCCUUCAUUCCUAUCUACAUUAAAUUUUUCACUUCCAAACAUUUUAUGGAGAAUGGGAUCAAUAUACCGUUUUUUAUACACCAGACCGUACUGGUUACCGGAACUUUAGAUACACCAAACCAGGUACUUUAUAUCUGAGAAACAGGCAAUAUAUGCCCUCAAUUUUAGAAUCAUACAUUUUUGUAUUAUUCAAAAUUAUCAGUCAAUAUAUAUGUGUUCUACAAGGAUCACCAGUCCUUCACCUUUCAUUUGAUUCCUUAACUAAAAUAUAUUUUACAUAGUUUUAUAUUUACACCUAUACGUAGGAACUAUUUUGUUUUAAAUAUGUACUACUUUCCAUACAUCUUACAAAGUCUAUCUGAUCAUUUUGCAACAAAUAGUGCUUAAACUGGUGCUAGGAGCCAUCUUAAACUUGCAGUGAGGUGAGUUUUCCUUUUGCUCCAUGUUUGAGGCCUCACUGUGACUUUGAGAGGAAAACAGCAAUAAAAGUGCUGUUCCUUUGCUUUUUAUGUGUUUUUUGCUGUGCAUAUACUGAUUUUUUGUGUCAUGGAUUGAUACCCUAUGUCCUUUGUUUUUCUAUUAGAGCCAGUAACCCCAAUAUACAGCCAUGUGUAUGUGUAUGUAUUGCUUAAUGUAUUAUUUUUUAAACGACUUCACAUUUAUAAAUAUAUUAGCCUUAAAUAGAAAAAGAUUUCAUUUUAUGCCAUUCUUUGUCACUUUUAUUUUUUACCUUUGUCAUGAUUUGAUAUGUGAAGCCACCCUUUGCCCAUUAAAGUGUUGGUUGAAAAGUAAAGAAUAAGGUAUACAAAGAAUAUUUCACCAAAAACAUUUGUGGGGGAGGUGAUCAACAUUAAUUUUUUUAAUUUUAUAUCUUGUAAAUUGUAAGCAAAGGGUAAACUAUAUUUGGUGUAAGGUGUACAUUUCCAUCUGGCAGGGUUCAUCUUGCCUUGACCUCAUUUUCAUGGUUGAAUCCAUAUUUCAGUUAUUAUUAGAGGUAUGUGAACUAUGUUUGGUGUAUUGAAUGAUUAAAAGGUUUACAUGUCAGUUUCAUCUGACCUUGACCUCAUUUUCAUGGUUCAGUUUUCAUGGUUAGGUUUGUUUCUCAAGAUACUAUAUUUGGUGUAUGGAAUGAUUGUAAAGUGUACAAGUCUGUCUGGCAAGGUGCAUCUGACCUUGACCUUAUUUACAGAGUUCAUGGAUAAUGUUAAGUUUGUGUGAUACUUGCAGUGAAAAUCUUUUGUCUUAAAAACUCUCAACAUAAAUUCAAUCAUGAUCAGUAAAGCAAGCGAGACAUUUCAGCAUGUGUACUCUUCCUUUGUUUAGUGUAACAUUUAUUUCUUACCAUAAAUUUUAUAUAAAGAUUAGUCCAGAGGUAAUCUCUUCCUGCUUUACAAAUGCCUUUAUUUUGCAUACAUGGAGCCAUCUUCAAUUCAUAUGUAAUAUUGAUGUAUUAUACAUAGUCUAUUGAUACAAAUUUCCUUUGUUAAAUUAUUGUUAUUUUUAAUUUAAGAAGAGAAAUUCAUUAAAUGUUCUAUUGAUAUUAAUUCUUUAAAUAAAAUAUUUACAAUAUG